GCGCAAGAGGGCUUCCAAUCUUGAAUCUACGGCAACGCGCGAACACUGCUGUAUGACAAGAAUACCUGCCGACUUUGACGAUUUUGAUUUUUUUUCUUGAUUUUUUUUUCUCUCUGCCUCUUGUGUUGCUGUUGCUCAGCCGACAAACAACAAUUUUUAUAAAGUACAUAAAAUCAAGAACUCAAGCCAUGUUCCGUCAACGACAACAACAAACAUGCAGGAUUUGACGAAGGGUGGUCCUCGAUAUGCGCCUGGCGAUUCAGUGUCGUCUAGACCGCCAGCCACAUCUUUCUUGAACAAGCCGAUUGUGUCCUACAACGAUUUGAAGCGACUAGAGUUCCAAAAGAGGGGAUUGUUGGAAAUAAAAGACUCGGAGAAACACCGACCCGGCUGAUAUUCCCAGUGAAUGCACUCAAUGGCUUUUUUCUUCUUCUACACAGAGAAUUUUGUUUUUAUUCUACCCUGAUUUGCCAGGCACUUGAUUAAAGAUCUCAAGAAUUGGGAGUUGUCGCGGGACAUCGCGUCAUGGGGGGCGGGAGGAAAUCUGCAAACUUGAAUGGAGAUAAAUGAGUGCGGUCCGGUCCCACCCUCCCGUCACGUCACCACCCCAAGUCGAAAGGCGGUUCAGAGCAUACAUGUCGUACCUCCCGGAUAUCAAAAGGUAGAAGCCGAGGGAUAAGGGAUGCCGUACAUUGAGUAUAAUUUAAACCUUUUUUUUCUUUCUUUUUCCCCCUAAUUUCUCUCAUUUAGGAAAACCAAAUAUCACCCUGGUCGUCAUGUUCAAUUCAAUAUUUUUUGUCGUCGCA